AUGAGGGGCCGGCGGGGCAGGCCGCCCAAGCAGCCCGCGGCUCCCGCUGCGGAGCGCUGCGCCCCGGCCCCGCCGCCGCCGCCGCCGCCUACGUCCGGACCCAUCGGGGGGCUCCGCUCGCGGCACCGCGGCAGCAGCCGGGGCAGGUGGGCCGCCGCCCAGGCUGAGGUGGCGCCCAAGACGCGGCUGAGCUCGCCCAGGGGGGGCAGCAGUAGCCGGAGGAAGCCGCCGCCGCCGCCGGCCCCCCCUAGCACCAGCGCCCCGGGCCGGGGGGGGCGAGGAGGCGGGGGCGGCAGGACGGGGGGCGGGGGCGGCGGCGGCCACCUGGCCCGGACCACCCCGGCCCGGAGGGCCGUCAACAAAGUGGUGUACGAUGACCACGAGAGUGAGGAGGAAGAGGAGGAGGAGGACAUGGUCUCCGAGGAGGAGGAGGAGGAGGAGGACGGCGAGGCUGAGGAGACCCAGGAUUCCGAGGACGACGAGGAGGAUGAGAUGGAAGAGGACGACGAUGACUCCGAUUAUCCGGAGGAGAUGGAAGACGACGACGACGACGACGCCAGUUAUUGCACGGAAAGCAGCUUCAGGAGCCAUAGCACCUAUAGCAGCACUCCAGGUAGGCGAAAACCGAGAGUACAUCGGCCUCGUUCUCCAAUAUUGGAAGAAAAAGACAUCCCACCCCUUGAAUUUCCCAAGUCCUCUGAGGAUUUAAUGGUGCCUAACGAGCAUAUAAUGAAUGUUAUUGCCAUUUAUGAGGUACUGCGGAACUUUGGUACAGUUUUAAGGUUAUCUCCUUUUCGCUUUGAGGACUUUUGUGCAGCUCUGGUGAGUCAAGAGCAGUGCACACUUAUGGCGGAGAUGCACGUAGUGCUUUUGAAAGCAGUUUUGCGUGAAGAAGACACCUCCAAUACUACCUUUGGACCUGCCGAUCUGAAAGAUAGCGUGAAUUCCACGCUGUAUUUCAUCGAUGGCAUGACGUGGCCAGAGGUGCUGCGGGUGUACUGUGAGAGUGACAAGGAGUACCAUCAUGUCCUUCCUUACCAAGAAGCAGAGGACUAUCCUUAUGGACCAGUAGAGAACAAAAUCAAAGUUCUGCAGUUCUUAGUCGAUCAGUUUCUUACCACAAACAUUGCUCGUGAGGAGUUGAUGUCUGAAGGGGUGAUCCAGUACGAUGACCACUGUAGGGUUUGUCACAAACUCGGGGAUUUGCUUUGCUGUGAGACCUGCUCAGCAGUGUACCAUUUGGAAUGUGUGAAGCCGCCUCUUGAGGAGGUGCCAGAGGAUGAGUGGCAGUGUGAAGUCUGUGUAGCACAUAAGGUUCCUGGUGUGACUGACUGCGUUGCUGAAAUCCAAAAAAACAAACCAUAUAUUCGACAUGAACCUAUUGGAUAUGACAGAAGUCGGAGGAAAUACUGGUUCUUAAACCGAAGACUCAUAAUAGAAGAAGAUACGGAAAAUGAAAAUGAAAAGAAAAUUUGGUACUACAGCACAAAGGUCCAGCUUGCAGAAUUAAUUGACUGUCUAGACAAAGAUUACUGGGAAGCAGAACUCUGCAAAAUCCUAGAAGAAAUGCGUGAAGAAAUCCACCGGCACAUGGACAUAACUGAAGACCUGACCAAUAAGGCUCGGGGCAGUAAUAAAUCCUUUCUGGCGGCAGCUAAUGAAGAAAUUUUGGAAUCUAUAAGAGCCAAAAAAGGAGACAUUGAUAUUGUUAAAAGUCCAGAAGAAAUAGAAAAGGAGAAGAAUGAGACUGAGAAUAAUAACUCCAAAGACGCUGAGAAAAGCAGAGAGGAGUUUGAAGACCAGAGUCUUGAAAAAGACAGUGAUGACAAAACACCAGAUGAUCCUGAGCAAGGAAAAUCUGAGGAGCCAACAGAAGUUGGGGAUAAAGGUAACUCUGUGUCAGCAAAUCUUGGCGACAACACAACAAAUGCUUCUUCAGAAGAGACUAGUCCCUCUGAAGGGAGGAGUCCCGUGGGGUGUCUCUCAGAAACCCAUGAUAGCAGCAACAUGGCAGAGAAGAAGGUGGCAUCUGAGCUCCCCCAGGAUGUGCCAGAAGAACCUAACAAGACAUGUGACAGCAGUAACACUAGUGCUACCACUACCUCCACCCAGCCUAAUCUGGAAAACAGUAACAGCAGCAGUGAACUAAAUUCUUCCCAGAGUGAAUCUGCUAAGGCAGCUGAUGAUCCUGAAAAUGGAGAAAGAGAAUCUCAUACACCUGUCUCUAUUCAAGAAGAGAUAGGUGAUUUCAAAUCAGAGAAGUCUAAUGGGGAAAUAAGUGAGUCUCCUGGAGGUGGAAGAGGAGCGUCUGGUUCAACUCGGAUUAUCACCAGGUUACGGAAUCCAGACAGCAAACUGAGUCAGCUGAAGAGCCAACAGGUGGCAGCCGCAGCCCACGAAGCAAAUAAAUUAUUUAAGGAGGGGAAAGAGGUACUGGUAGUUAAUUCUCAAGGAGAAAUUUCACGGUUGAGCACCAAAAAGGAAGUGGUCAUGAAGGGAAAUAUCAACAAUUAUUUUAAGUUGGGUCAAGAGGGAAAGUAUCGCGUCUACCACAAUCAGUACUCCACCAAUUCAUUUGCUUUGAAUAAGCACCAGCACAGAGAAGACCAUGAUAAGAGAAGGCAUCUUGCACAUAAAUUCUGUCUGACUCCAGCUGGAGAGUUCAAAUGGAAUGGUUCUGUCCAUGGAUCCAAAGUUCUUACCAUAUCUACUCUGAGACUGACUAUCACCCAGUUGGAAAACAAUAUCCCUUCCUCCUUUCUUCAUCCCAACUGGGCUUCACACAGGGCAAAUUGGAUCAAGGCCGUUCAGAUGUGUAGCAAACCCAGAGAAUUUGCGUUGGCUUUAGCUAUUUUGGAGUGUGCAGUUAAACCAGUUGUGAUGCUCCCAAUCUGGCGGGAAUCUUUAGGACAUACCAGGUUACAUAGAAUGACAUCAAUUGAAAGAGAAGAAAAGGAGAAAGUCAAAAAAAAAGAGAAAAAACAAGAAGAGGAAGAAACAAUGCAACAAGCUACAUGGGUAAAAUAUACGUUUCCAGUUAAACAUCAGGUUUGGAAACAAAAAGGAGAGGAAUACAGAGUAACAGGAUAUGGUGGUUGGAGCUGGAUUAGUAAAACUCAUGUUUAUAGGUUUGUUCCUAAAUUGCCAGGCAAUACUAAUGUGAAUUACAGAAAGUCAUUAGAAGACACUAAAAAUAAUAUGGAUGAAAAUAUGGAUGAAUCAGAUAGAAGAAAAAGUCCACGAAGUCCAAAAAAAAUAAAAACAGAGUCUGAUUCUGAGAAAGGCGAGGUAAAAGAUUCAGAUGCUACAAAAGGAGCAGACCAAAGUGAAAUGGACAUUUCAAAGGUUACUGAGAAGAAGGACCAAGAUGUAAAAGAAGUUUUAGACUCUGACAAUGAUAAAUCCUUUAAGGAAGAACCAAUGGAAAUAGAUGAUGAUGUGAAAACAGAGUCACAUAUAAAUUGUCAGGAAAGUUCUCAAGUAGAUGUGGUCAAUGUCAGUGAGGGUUUUCAUCUAAGGACUAGUUAUAAAAAGAAAAUCAAAUCAUCCAAACUAGAUGGACUUCUUGAAAGGAGAAUUAAACAGUUUACACUGGAAGAAAAACAACGCCACGAGAAAAUGAAGUUGGAGGGUGGAAUUAAGGGUAUAGGAAAGACCUGCACAAGUUCUUCGAAAAGUCUGUCUGAAUCACCAGUAAUAACAAAAGUAAAAGAAGGGUGUCAAAGUGACUUGCUUACACAAGAACAGAGCUCUAAUGCAAGUAACGAUAAAUCUGAAGACUUGAUUCGGGGAUGUUCACAAAAUGAUUCCUCAAUUCUUGGAAUCAGUGAUCCUGAUCAUACAACAAACAAACUUUAUUCAAAAGAUCAAAUGCUAGAUGAUGCCUCCAUUCAGAGCGCAGAGACAAACUGUCAGAAACAAAAUUCUGUUCGAAAUGACGUAAAUGAGAGUCUCUCUGACCCUGCCAGUAAAGGCCAGGAGCCCAGUAAGAUUAAAACAAAAGGAAGUGAUUUUCUCAUUGAUGACGCUAAACUAGCCAGUGCAGGUGAAAUUGGUACUUUGAUCUAUAAGAACAAAAAACCACUCAUACAGGAAGAUAAUGACACCAUUGUGUCUCCUUCCCAGAGCCCUUUACUUCCAUCAGUACCUAAAAGUACUGAUGAUAGAGAUAUACCAUCUCUGUCAAAAGCAAUAGACUUUGAAGGAAAAUUGGGAUGUGAUUCUGAAUAUAAUAGCACUUUGGAAAAUAGUUCUGAUACUAUGUCUAUUCAAGACAGCAGUGAAGAAGAUAUGAUUGUUCAGAAUAGCAAUGAAAGUAUUUCUGAACAGUUAAUAACUCAAGAACAAGGUAGUGAAGGCUUAGAACCAUUGAAACAUGAGUUUGUUUCAGAUAAGACCACUGGAAACUGUGGCGACAGGCUGCAGGCUAAGGUAAAUGAAGCAAAUGGUAAAAAAACAAGUCAAGAUCAGAAAUUAGAGGAGAGACCACUUAAUAAAUGUAUCGAUCAAAUCAAUCUGAAAAGUGUCACUGACAAAAAGAAUAAUGAAAACCGAGAGUCUGAAAAGAAAGGACAGAAAGCAAGUACCUUUCAAAUAAAUGGAAAAGAUAAUAAACCUAAAGUAUAUUUGAAAGGUGAAUGCUUGAAAGACAUUUCUGAGAGUAAAGUAGGAAGUUGUGACAUUGAACCAAAGGUUAAUAAUAUAAAUAAAAUAAUUCCUGAAAAUGAUAUUAAGUCUUUGACUGUUAAAGAAUCUGCUGUAAAGCCAUUCAUGAAUGGUGAUGUCAUCAUGGAAGAUUUUAAUGAAAAGAACAACUUGGAAACAAAAUCAUGUUUACUGAGGUCUUCGGAUACUGAAGGCGACUACCAAGAUCGCCUAGAGACCCUGCCAUCAACCAAACAGUCUGAGGGUACCCAAGCUACCACGCCUCUACCAUCUUGUCCAGAAAGCAGCAGUUCAGCCAAUCAGGAAGAAGACAUGGAAAUUGAAACCUGCGAAGUUAAGAAAGUUACUUCGUCUCCUGUUACUUCUGGAGAGGACUCUAACUUCAGUAAUGAUUUUAUUGAUGAAAAUGGCCCGCCCACCAACAAAGAUGAAAAUGUCAAUGGAGAAUCUAAAAGAAAAACAGUCAUCACAGAAGUCACCACCAUGACGUCCACAGUAGCCACAGAAUCAAAAACCGUGAUUAAGGUAGCAAAAGUUGAUAAGCAGACUGUGGUCUCUUCCACAGAAAAUUGUGCCAAGUCCACUGUCACAACCACCACUACAACGGUAACAAAGCUUUCCACGCCCUCCACAGGCAGCAGUGUGGACAUAAUCUCUGUGAAGGAGCAGAGCAAAACUGUGGUCACCACGACAGUGACAGACUCACUGACCACCGCAGGAGGCACUCUGGUAACAUCUAUGACCGUGAGCAAAGAAUAUUCCACACGAGACAAAGUGAAACUCAUGAAGUUUUCAAGACCCAAGAAGACUCGUUCAGGUACAGCUCUGCCAUCGUACAGAAAGUUCAUCACCAAGAGCAGCAAGAAGAGCAUAUUUGUUUUGCCCAAUGAUGACCUAAAAAAAUUGGCCAGAAAAGGAGGAAUCCGAGAAGUCCCUUAUUUUAAUUAUAAUGCAAAACCUGCCUUGGAUAUAUGGCCAUAUCCUUCUCCUAGACCAACCUUUGGUAUCACUUGGAGGUAUAGACUUCAGACUGUGAAGUCCUUAGCUGGAGUGAGUCUUAUGUUGCGGUUACUGUGGGCAAGUCUGAGAUGGGAUGACAUGGCAGCCAAGGCUCCUCCAGGAGGAGGGACUACACGGACAGAAACAUCUGAAACUGAAAUCACAACAACAGAAAUAAUUAAGAGGCGAGAUGUUGGUCCUUAUGGCAUUCGAUCUGAAUAUUGUAUCAGGAAAAUCAUCUGCCCCAUUGGAGUUCCAGAAGCACCAAAAGAAACACCUACGCCUCAGAGGAAAGGCCUUCGAUCGAGUGCAUUGCGGCCAAAGAGACCAGAAACGCCCAAGCAAACUGGCCCUGUUAUUAUUGAAACCUGGGUAGCAGAGGAAGAAUUGGAAUUAUGGGAGAUCAGGGCGUUUGCUGAGAGAGUGGAGAAAGAAAAGGCACAAGCAGUUGAGCAACAGGCUAAGGUUAGUGAACAGAAGAAGGCAGAGGACUUCAAGGCCCAAAUGGAGGCUCAUCUCAAACAGCAGCGAUUGGCUGCCCAGCAGAAACGAUUGGAACAGCAGAAGCCUACAGUAAUUGCAGCUUCCACUACUUCCCCAACAAACAGUACAACUAGUACCAUCUCUCCAGCACAGAAAGUUAUGGUGGCCCCCAUAAGUGGCUCAGUUACAACUGGCACUAAAAUGGUACUAACUACUAAAGUUGGAUCUCCAGCUACAGUAACAUUCCAGCAGAACAAGAACUUUCAUCAGACCUUUGCUACCUGGGUUAAGCAAGGCCAGUCAAAUUCAGGCGUUGUUCAAGUACAGCAGAAAGUCCUGGGUAUCAUUCCAUCCAGUACAGGUACAAGUCAGCAAACCUUUACUUCAUUCCAGCCCAGGACAGCAACAGUCACGAUUAGGCCCAAUACCUCAAGCUCUGGAGGAACUACAAGCACUUCCCAAGUAAUCACAGGGCCUCAGAUCCGCCCUGGUAUGACGGUGAUUAGAACACCACUCCAACAGUCAACACUAGGAAAGGCAAUUAUUCGAACACCUGUGAUGGUACAGCCAGGUACUCCUCAACAGGUUGUGACGCAGAUCAUCAGAGGGCAGCCUGUUUCCACUGCGAUCUCUGCCCCUAGUACAGUUUCCUCAACACCUGCACAGAAAGGACUAACUUCAGGAGCACCCACUGCAAGUCUACAGCCUUCAACCUCACAGCCCCCUCGCCCCCAGCAAGGACAGGUGAAGCUUACCAUGGCUCAACUCACCCAGUUAACACAGGGCCACGGUGGCAAUCAAGGUUUGACAGUAGUGAUUCAAGGACAAGGCCAAACUACUGGACAGUUGCAGUUGAUACCUCAAGGGGUGACUAUACUUCCCGGUCCAGGACAGCAGCUGAUGCAAGCCGCAAUGCCAAACGGUACCGUCCAGCGAUUCCUCUUCACCCCGCUGGCAACAACGGCCACGGCAACCAGCAGCACCACCACCACUGUUUCCACUACAGCAGCAGGUACAAGUGAACAAAGACAGAGUAAAUUAUCGCCCCUGACACAGGUGCAGCCAGCCAAGAGCCUGCCUCCAGCUCAGCCGUCGAGCAUGAGUCCUGCAGAAGCCCAGCCUCAGACUGCUCAGCCCGCACAGCCCCAGCCCCCAACCCAACCCCCGUCCCCAGCUCAGCCUGAAGCCCAGACCCAAGCAACUUCUGCCUCCCACGUCCCUCCUGAAGCACAGCCCACCCAAGCACAGUCCUCCAAACCCCAAGGUGCAGGACAGUGUCAGCCUCAGAGUAAUGUCCAAGGACAGUCUCCUGCUCGUGUCCAGAGUCCACCACAGACUCGAAUGCGUCCAUCAACUCCAUCCCAAGUGUCUCCUGGACAGCAGUCCCAGGGUCAGACUACAGCCUCACAGCCGAUUCCAAUUCAGCCACACACAUCUCUUCAGCCACCUUCCCAGGGCCAGCCACAGUCACAACCCCAGGUACAGUCUUCAACUCAAACUCUUUCAUCAGGACAAACGUUAAGCCAAGUUACUGUUUCGUCCCCAUCCCGUCCUCUGCUCCAAGUACGGCAGCCUCAGCCCCAAGUCCUUGCUGUGCCGCAGCUGCAACAAGUCCAGGUUCUCUCCCAGAUCCAGUCACAGGUUGUGGCUCAGAUACAGGCUCAGCAAGGUGGUGUGCCCCAGCAGAUCAAACUCCAGGUCCCCAUUCAGAUGCAGCAAAGCAGCCCUGUGCAGACUCAUCAGAUUCAGAAUGUGGUUACAGUGCAGGCAGCCAGUGUGCAAGAGCAGUUGCAAAGGGUUCAGCAACUCAGGGAUCAGCAGCAAAAGAAGAAGCAGCAACAGAUAGAAAUUAAGCGGGAACACACCCUCCAAGCUUCUAAUCAAAGUGAAAUCAUUCAGAAACAGGUGGUGAUGAAGCAUAAUGCUGUAAUAGAACAUUUAAAACAGAAAAAGACCAUGACUCCAGCUGAAAGAGAAGAGAAUCAAAGAAUGAUUGUCUGUAACCAGGUGAUGAAGUAUAUUUUGGAUAAGAUAGAUAAAGAAGAAAAACAGGCAGCAAAAAAACGGAAGCGAGAGGAGAGCGUGGAACAGAAACGUAGCAAACAGAAUGCCAGCAAGCUCUCUGCACUGCUCUUCAAGCACAAAGAGCAACUCAAAGCCGAAAUACUGAAGAAGAGAGCACUGCUAGACAAAGACCUACAAAUUGAAGUGCAGGAAGAGCUCAAGAGGGACCUGAAAAUUAAGAAGGAAAAAGACAUGAUGCAGGCCACAGCUGUCGCUGCCACCUCCCCCGCCGCAGCACCGGCACCUCCAGCCCCUCCACCUUCCCCGCCACCUCCACCCCCGCCACAGCACUCGGGCCCCCUAGCCACGGCCACGGCCACGGCCACGGUGCCUGUGGCUUCCCAGAAGAGGAAGCGAGAAGAGGAAAGAGACUCAAGCUCCAAGUCGAAGAAGAAGAAAAUGAUCUCUACUACCUCAAAGGAAACGAAGAAGGACACAAAGCUUUACUGUAUUUGUAAAACGCCUUACGAUGAAUCUAAGUUCUAUAUUGGCUGUGAUCUUUGUACUAACUGGUAUCAUGGAGAAUGUGUUGGCAUCACAGAAAAGGAGGCUAAGAAAAUGGAUGUGUACAUCUGUAAUGAUUGUAAACGGGCACAAGAGGGCAACAGUGAGGAAUUGUACUGUAUCUGCAGAACACCUUAUGAUGAGUCACAAUUUUAUAUUGGCUGUGAUCGGUGUCAGAAUUGGUACCAUGGGCGCUGCGUUGGCAUCUUGCAAAGUGAGGCAGAACUCAUUGACGAGUAUGUCUGUCCACAGUGCCAGUCAACAGAGGAUGCCAUGACAGUGCUCACGCCGCUAACAGAGAAAGAUUAUGAGGGUUUGAAGAGGGUGCUGCGUUCUUUACAGGCCCAUAAGAUGGCCUGGCCUUUCCUUGAACCAGUGGAUCCUAAUGAUGCGCCAGAUUAUUACGGUGUGAUUAAGGAACCUAUGGACCUCGCCACCAUGGAAGAAAGAGUACAAAGAAGAUAUUAUGAAAAGCUGACAGAAUUUGUAGCAGAUAUGACCAAAAUUUUUGAUAAUUGUCGUUACUACAAUCCAAGUGAUUCUCCUUUUUACCAGUGUGCAGAAGUUCUUGAAUCAUUCUUUGUACAGAAAUUGAAAGGAUUCAAGGCCAGCAGGUCUCAUAACAACAAACUGCAGUCUACAGCUUCUUAAAGUUCAGCGUGUUAACCUAACAUAAAACACAGCAAGAAUCUGGUUGAACUGUUUUAAAUUAAGGAGCCAGAUGUUUUUAGUCAGGAUAUCCUGACAAGACUUGACCUAAACUUCGUUUUUAUUGGUCAUAACAGUCCAAUUAUAUUCUUGGCCAAUUUUGUCCAACGGACAAGGGAAAAGCAAAGUCAACGACACCAUUAUCUUGUCAAGAUCAAAUGGUUUUACUAUUGUGGCAGAAGCGGGAAAACUUUGUUUAUUGAAGAAAAAAAAAAAGAAAGAAAGAAAGAUAAAAAGAUAAUAUGGGGUCAAGUGUAACUCCAUGGAAAUGCCACGUCUGCUCUUCAGUGAAGAAGCUGGUUUAGAGUCUCACAGAAAACUUUCAACUGUAUUUAUUUAUUGUUGCAAAAAAGACGCUUUUUUAUUGCUGCCCUCAUUUGUCAGCUAAUUAUUUUUUCUUAUAAAAUCCAGCCCGGUUACAUGUAAUCCAUUCUGUAUCUUAUCAUGAUUCCUGUAGGUAAAAGUACAAGACGACCUCUAGAUGUCUUUUCUUUCUAUGAAAGGAGCUGCUAUGUACACAUGUGCACACACACACAACUGGGAAUCAACAAUGAGUUUAUUGUUCAUAGUAGAUAAAAAUUAAGCUUGCAUAAAGGUUGGGCUAGUGGUCCUGGACUACAGACUCUGUUGCCUUGAAUAUAACAGUACAAUUUGUCAUUUACUCUGCACCAGGUUAAAAUGAGUAAAAUCUAUUUGAAGGUAUCUUGUUUGUAAACAUUUGUCAGAUUCUAAUUUUUUUUCUUUUUGUAUUAAAAUUCAAUUAUGGAUGUAUAUGAAACAAAAUAAAUGGAGAUAAUUUUUCUCCCACA